AUGUAUAAGAAUCAGUUGCAAGAGCUUGCACAGAGAAGCUGUUUCAGCCUACCAUCAUAUACUUGCACAAGAGAAGGACCAGAUCAUGCUCCAAGAUUCAAAGCUUGUGUAAAUUUCAACGGUGAGAUAUUUGAAAGCCCCACUUAUUGUUCCACUCUCAGACAAGCUGAGCAUUCAGCUGCUGAAGUUGCCCUUAAUGCUCUCUCUUCCAAGGGACCUUCAAAGUCUUUAACUGCUAGAGUUCUUGAUGAGACUGGGAUCUACAAGAAUCUGCUUCAAGAGACGGCACAUAGAGCUGGUCUUGAUCUACCGGUUUACACAAGUGUGAGAUCAGGACCUGGUCACAUCCCAACAUUCUCUUGCACUGUGGAGCUCGCUGGAAUGAGUUUUAAUGGAGAACCAGCGAAGACUAAGAAGCAAGCUGAGAAGAAUGCCGCCAUUGCAGCUUGGUUCUCCUUGAGAAAAAUGUCAAGCUUAAACUCUCUGGGAGAGAAAAGAGGAGAAGAGAGAGAGCAAGAGGUGGUUGCAAGAGUCCUCUCAAGAUUUAGACCCAAAGAAGUGAGGAGGAGAGAGACAAACCAGUCAAGAAGAAGAACAAUUCGGCAAGACACAAGUCACACAACAACCACAAGAGACUUGUUGUGUGAGAAACUCAGAUUGAUCAAUCUGUAUACCAAUGAAGCUUCAUCAUCAUCGCUGAAACACCAUCAAACACCACCACCACCGAGAUUCUGGGCUUCAAGAACGAAUCUCCAACAACAAGAAGUUAAAUCAUUGCUAGAGAAGUCUCGAGAAUAUGCAGAGAAGAAACAGAGCCUAGAUGAAGCUAAGCCAGAGAUGAUCAUAAAGUCGUUUCCUUUGCCUACUAAUUCAUCAUCAUCAGUGGAGAGAAGCUGCUGCAGUAAGCUUUUGCCGGAAAUGUUUGCAGGAGGUUUUGGGUUAACACAUCAGAAACUGGCUCCAGCUGUUAAUAUCAGAUCAGUGAUCCCAGUUUGUUCAGCUCCUCCACAAAGAACUAAUCAUAACCCUGAGAAUCCAUCGACAUCAUCACCGAUCAGUGAAUCCGUCACAUCCCUUAAUCCAAGCUCUCUGGGAAUUGGAGGGCAAGAGAAGAAGUCUCUGACCGAAUUGGGAUUAGAAUCUAAAUCUCGAUUAGACGGUAGAAAGCAAGUUAAAGGUGGUAUCUUUAGAUUAACCCAUGUUAAGGAUUUGACCAUAGAGUAG